AUGGGAAAGACGAAAACUAUUCAUUCUUUUUUCAAAAGAAAGGAUGAUGAACAAGAGAGUAAACGUCAAAAAACUUCAACUAGUGAGCCUGAAGAGCAUGAAGCGCCACCACCACCACAAUCAAACACAAUUCCAAACGAAGCUCCACCACCACAAUCAAACUCAAAUGAAGCUCCACAACCACAAUCCGACACUAAUGAAGUGGAUGUUAAUCUUAUAGAAAGAGAUCCCGGUAAACGAAAACCAAUGUGGGAGCAUCCGGUUAAUUUAAGAGAACAAGUAAGGCGUGCUUAUCUUUCUUUUGGACCUUACCAAAUAGAACUUGCAGAAUAUAAAGUUAAUGGUACAAAGAAGCAAGCUCGUAGGUUCCGAUAUCCUUGGUUCAAACUUUACCCUAAUUGGUUAGAGUAUUCUCCAACAACACAUUCGGCUUAUUGCUUUCUAUGUUAUCUUUUUUGUGACAAACCAAAUAUGAGCCAUGGUCAUGAUACAUUUACAGUUAAAGGGUUUGAUAAUUGGAAUAAAGUUUGUGGGAAACAAUGUGCAUUCAUGAAGCACAUUAAAACUUCAAAUCAUAGAGACGCCCUUUUAUUCAGUCAAAACUUAUUGAACCAAGAAGCACACGUUGAUAAUUCCAUAUCGAAGCCAAAUAAGGAGAUAAUUAUGAAGAACCGUUUACGAUUAAAGACUACUGUUGAUGUAGUUCGUUGGUUGACAUACCAAGCCUGUGCUUUACGAGGACAUGAUGAAUCUGCUAGUUCUAAAAAUCGAGGUAAUUUUCUGGAAUUGCUAACACUUCUUGCUUCUUAUAAUGAUGAAGUUUCAAAGGUUAUACUAGAGAAUGCUCCUUAUAAUGCAAAGUAUACUUCUGGAGAUAUUCAAAAAGAAAUUCUUAGUAUUAUUGCAAAUAAAAUUCGAAAGCAUAUUCGUAGUGAAGUGGGGGAUUCGGCCUUUUGUGUCAUGGUUGAUGAGUCACGAGAUGAGUCAAAGAAAGAACAAAUGGCCAUAGUUGUGAGAUUUGUUGAUGAAGAAGGGAUGAUACAAGAAAGGUUCUUGGAUUUGGUUCAUGUUAGGGAUACUUUAUCAGCAACCCUAAAAACAAGUUUGUGGAAACAACUUUUGCAUUAUCAAUUUGAUGUUAGUAAAAUUCGUGGGCAAGGUUAUGACGGUGCUAGCAAUAUGAGAGGGAAAUGGAACGGAUUACAAGCACUUGUUCUUGAAGAAUGUCCUUAUGCGUAUUACGUUCAUUGCUUUGCUCACAGGUUACAACUUGCCUUGGUUUGUGCUUCAAGGGAAGUUAUUCCAGUACACCAAUUCUUUACAUACUUAGUUGACAUAGUUAAUGUGGUUUGUGCUUCUAGUAAGCGGCAUGAUGAAUUACAAAAGGCAAAGACUCACUAA